AUGUGCCUGCAGCAUGGACUCCGCAGGAGUCACCCAAGGGUUUGCUUGCCUGCUCUUCAAACAUCAGUCAAACAUGAUCAGGUUCGAUACCGCCGCACAAAACACUGGAAUCCCAAGUGGAAGCAACUCCGCCGUCAAAAGGUUAUCAAAGUAGACCUUCCGGACUUCAAUGAAAAAUGGGACGAUCUAACAGAGGAACAGACCCGAUCCAAACUCAAAGAACAAGGCUUAUUACCACCACGUCCAUGGCUGGAAAGACCAUUCUUUCUGAGUUCAACUGGUGGUGUAUUUGAGGCAUAUGUGCCUCCUGAAGGUGAUGGAAAAGUUUCGCCAAUCAGUGUACAAGGUGCCAAACAGUCCAUACAAUUUCUUGAGAAAAAGACAAAAACUAUGAUGGCAAUUAGAAAGAUACGCACGUUUGAUGAAGAUUUUGACACGCCGGAAUUCUGCAAGCAAGCUGAAGCAAUAUACAUCAAGUCACAUGAGUGUCUUGCAGAAAAUGGUGACAUUGAUAAUAUUAUUGACUAUGUCACUGAGAGAGCAUACCCUGAAGUUGUUCACAACUCAAAGGGAAAAACAAUCAGAUGGAAACACUUGAAGAAUAUUGAACUGCCUCGAGUGGUUCAUGCUAGAUGCACUGAUAUUGUCAGCAAAGAGAAUGUCUUUGCUCAACUUACUGUUCGUUUCCACACACAGCAAAUGCUGGCGAUUUACGAUCGAUUCGGUCGGUUGAUGCACGGUAGCGAGAUUCUGGCAAAGGAUGUUCUGGAAUACGUGGUAUUCGAGAAACACUUGGCAAACGAGUACGGCAAGUGGAGAGUUCACUAUAAGAUUAUCCCGGAUUGGAUGCCACCGCGCGAACCAUCAGAGACGACUUACAAGAAAAUUGUAGCACCGGUUACUGAGACACCAGAGAAAGUCGAGGCUUUAGAAGAUGGGGUUAAGAAAGAGAAGAUCAAGGAAAUCGCCGCGCCGGCGCAGUAAACUUAUAUUGUUUGUAGAUAGUUUUGAAUAAUAGAAUAAUUUGAGAAUAUAAGAGUUUGUACAAGGAUCACCGCUUUUGUUAUAUUGUUAUUUAAGCAAAAUAACACAAUGUUUCGGAUGUCGCUACUCUCUUUUGGUUUUUGGUAAGUAAAUCUACUAACACAUAUAUUAGUUAUUAGCGUUAAUUUUUAUAUAAAAUAAUAAUUUAUCUUGCUCUCAUAUAAAAUACAUUUUGGUAGUCGCCAUUUUGUCACCGGAGGCAACUUCAAUCUACUAGUCAAAUCAAAUAAAAAUCUCACGUCAUUACACAAA